AUCAGAUCUCUCUUCCUCACAUGGAUCCCGCUUCUUCCACAACUCAGCACACCCCAAUCGUCUCUUCUGCUGGGGAAAGACCCGUCAUGGCCCCCGAUAAUGUCGUCGACCACCACCAUGUUUCGUCGUCUUCUUCUUCAGAUCCUUACGCAUACUAUAACGUCCUUCAAAACCCUACCAAUCUCUAUCAUCCUUACGGUUGGGAUAAUUCACAUUCUGGUUAUCCACAAGGCUUCAAUAGUUGGGAUGUAUAUCCACAAUAUGCUACUACCCCUGAAGGCCUGCAUGUUCCACAGGUUGUCUACGAUGGCAAUUCUUCUAUAAUGUACCAACCUGGCUUUACUUUCAACCCUUACCCACCAUCUAUGAUGAUGGAGGGUCAAGUCCCUAUCUCCCCUGGAGCUUAUUACCCACAGUUUGGUGCACCUUCACCUAUGCAUUUUACUCAGCCAGAAAUUGGUGGUGACCCAGCGUCUGCUUAUAUGAUUCCUUUUGCGGGAUAUGGUGGAGGAAAUUUAUCUGGUAAUCAAGGGGCCAACUCUUUACCAUAUCCUCAAACGAUGGGUAUACUUGGGCCUUACGACCAGAAUGCUUCACAGUUACCGUUGCAUGGGAGUGGGGUUGCUUCGAGUUCUUCUUUGGGAGGAUAUUAUCAUGUAGGAUCUUACCAGAGUCCAACCUCAUAUUAUGGAGCUGAUAAUUCAGUCAGAUCAUCAGCCCCUGACAUAGGUAAAAGGAGAGAGUACAGCACUGUACCUACCACAAAUGAUCUGUAUGGUAAUCGAGGACCAAGAGCAUCCAGCAGGGUAGAGAGCAAGAACAGCUCCAGACAUGAUUCGAGUACAGCUGGUCCGAAUCCCAGUUUGUACAACAAUCCAGAAUUUGCGACGGAUUACAAGAAUGCCAAGUUCUUUAUUGUCAAGUCUUUUAGUGAAGACAAUGUUCACAGAAGCAUCAAGUAUAAUGUCUGGGCCAGCACCCCGCAUGGCAACAGAAAACUAGAUACUGCUUAUCGAGAUGCUGAGAAAAUGGGUGGAAAAUGUCCAAUCUUUCUCUUCUUUUCGGUAAAUGCGAGUGGACAAUUCUGUGGGGUGGCCGAGAUGGUGGGACCUGUAGAUUUUGAAAAGGAUGCUGGUUACUGGCAGCAAGACAGGUGGAGUGGGCAGUUCCCAGUGAAAUGGCAUAUUUUGAAAGAUGUACCGAACAACCGGUUUUCUCAUAUUCUUUUACAAAACAAUGACAACAAGCCUGUAACGCACAGCCGAGACUCUCAGGAGGUGAAGCUGCGGCAGGGGGUUGAGAUGCUGAGAAUAUUCAAGGAGUACGAGGCACACACCUCCAUCCUGGAUGAUUUCAGCUACUAUGAUGAGAGAGAGAGGGAAAAGGUGGGAGGAGAUGAUGGAGGUGGGAGGAAAGAAGAGACAUCUUCAUCUUCUGUGGAACAGUUAUCAGAGCGUCUUCAAGCUGUCACAGUAGAAGUUGGAAAGGAAGGGGAAAAAGAAGAGAAGAGUUGAUAGAUAACUUGAUUGAUGCAGAGUAAUAGUAAGUAGAGAAGCAUUCUUUUUGGGGUAAACAGAGUGGAACCUUUGUUUCUUUUCUUUUUGGGUGGGGGGCUGAUGUAUACCGAAGUGUCUAAAAGAUUACAAAAUCCAAAUUGCUUGUAACUUUUGUAGCAUUAUGCAGUUUUUUUUUUUUUCAUUCAGUGAACAGGUUAUGUGACUUUUGUAAUCAUGAUACACAUUCGAGACAGGUAACAAAGCGAUUCAAACGAC